AUGGCAUUUGAUAUGGGGGAAAUGAUGGAGCAGUUUAUGAACUCAGUUAGCGGUGGUGGCGGCAAAACCGGCGGUGGCGGGGGAGAAAAUGGCAAGCGCGUUGUGUACGACGCUGCGAUCGUCGGAUACGGCCCGGCAGGCGGCGUGAUGGCUACUCUCCUGGCCGAGAAGCACGGCCUCAAGGUGUGCAUCAUCGACCCCAACUUGGAGAAGCGCUGGAUACCGAACUACGGCGUUUGGGUGGAAGAGUGGGAGGCUCUCGACAAAGAUUUGCAGAUCGGGCUUGGGGACUGCCUGGACCGGACGUGGGAGGUGACCGAUUCCUUCUUCGGCGGUAGCCACGGCACACCGGCGGAUGAGCGCUGCCGCAUCGACCGACCCUACGCGCGCGUGUCCCGGGACAAGAUGCAGGCGAACCUCAAGUCUCGCCUCUCCGCUGCAGGGGUGACCAAGAUCAAGGGAAAAGUGGAUGCCAAGACGUUGGAGCAUUCCGCGGACGGGACAUCGGUGUGCCUCGACGACGGGCAGCAGAUCGACUGCCGCCUUUUGGUGGACUGCAGCGGCCACUACUCGGAGCUUGUAGAGAGGGUCGGCGAGCACAACCCGGGGGUGCAGAUCGCCUACGGCGCCGAGGUGGAGGUGAAGGACGGACACGCCCCAUACGACGAGAACGCCAUGUUGUUCAUGGACUACCGCACUGACUACGCGGACAAGGCGGAGCUCUCUCCCGAGGAGGUGAAGGGCUUGGACGACACGCCGACCUUCCUGUACGCGAUGCCCAUGGGAGCGGCGCCCAACGGCCAACGGAGGAUAUUCUUCGAAGAGACGUCGCUGGUAGCGCGUCCCCCGAUCUCGUUCGACCUGUGCAAGGAGCGCCUGUACCGUCGUCUGAAGCACCACGGCAUCGAGGUCACCAAGGUGAUGGACGAGGAGCUGUGCUACAUCCCCAUGGGCGGCGCCAUGCCGAGCCUCACCCAGCGAGUGGUUGCGUUUGGCGGAGCGUCUGGACUAGUACACGCAGCCACAGGGUACAUGCACGUGCGCAUGCUGGCGGCGUCGGGGGCAGUCUCGAGAGCCAUCGCGGCGGAGCUCAAGAAGGAUGGGCCCGGCACCUCAGAGGCAGCCGCGAGAAGAGCCUACCAAGCCCUGUGGCCAUCCAAGGCCAAGCUCCAGAGGGACUUCCACGUCUUCGGAGGCGAGUUCCUGAUGGCGCAGCCGGCGUCCACGCUGCGGGGGUUCUUCAACGGGUUCUUCAAGCUUCCGCUACCGCUGUGGGCGGGCUUCCUAUCUGGAUACCCGAACCUCCCGCACAACGAGCUGCACCAGGACUGGCAGAGCCGCUUCAAAUUCGGACUCCAGUUCUUCUUCAAGCUUGCGCCAGCGGUGCAGUUUCAGCUAGCGCUUGCGGGAGCGUUGAGCGGCUGGCAGUACGGCCUGAUCAAGGCCGUCACCCCCCUGGCGGAGGAAGAAGAGGCCAAGGACCUGCUGUUUGAUGCCGAGGUGGACGCCAUCCGAGCCGCAGCCAAGGCCAAGGGUGACGCCGCCAGCGGCGCUAGCGCGGAAGGGAGCCCCGUUGCUGACGGCAAGAAGAAGGAGGAGAAGGAGCGGGCGUUAGCAGCAUGAUAAUAAUGGUCGUAGAGGAGUGUAGCGGUGUUUUGUGCGUGCCAUGGUUUCGGGAGGAUGUUUGCGGGCGCACUAGGUGUUUAGAACUGGCGUCCCGAUUGGUACGAGUUUGCGUGCGUUGUUGGUCGUCUGCAAACUUUUGCCACUGACAACCGACCGAACAAGCUCACGCGAAGCGAUGUUCUUCGCGCCUCUCGAGAGAGCUCCCCCUGGGGAGCAUGAACCCGCACCGUUUAACAUACACCCCUGACACCCAGCUAUGGCAUGGACCCAUGUGUUUCCUUCGAUGGAGUCUUUAGUUUGGAGCACCCAAGGCGUGCGCCCGAGUUCGUGAUUAGAGAAUUCGACCCUUCGUGAUCGCAAUCAUCGACGGUAUACUGUCUUGUCAUAACCUUUUGACGGAAAACUGUGUGUCGUUAGAAGGAGCAUUGAGGGUGACGUUCCCAUCGUUUGUAGACAUGCCGUCCCUUCUCUCCCUUCUUGUUUUACGCUUGUACAACAUUUGGCUCUGGGGCAAGUCGUGAGAAGUGUGCACGGCCGCGAAGGACAAGCGACGGCGCGUAUCUUUCUCUUCGGUGGUGGCUGCUUGUGGAUACAGCUCCUGGUAUAUGUAGGCGUGUGGGCGGUUGGAAAAAUGGACCCCUCUGACUCCUCCCACGGGGGCGCGGGUAAUUGGUACCGCAGUUGGGCUUGUGUCGAUGUGGACGGAAUGGCGAAUUUUCAAACGACAUGCCGUCGUAGGUAGCUCUGCCGAUUUCUUUACCAAGGGGCGGCCGGGGCAUGCUGCACUGAGGAGGGUGGGGUCUGACAGCAAUAUCUACAUUUUUUUAUUGCAUAGAGGAGGAAAGCAGCCUGCGACGGCAAUACAGUUCACGUCGCUUGGUACCUCUGGUAACAAAUUUAGCAAAUAGUGGUGGCUCUUGUGUGUUAUUUUCUCGAAUUGGCCGAAUUUCGCGGAGAGGAACGGCUGUGCCUUUGGCCGCCGUUCCGUCUAUCGGACAAGGGUGGUUGGAGUGGAGAUCUUAUGAGGAGGUGGAGUGAUAGAAAGAUGGAACAAGACGUUUACCGAGUAGUUUUCACCCGAAGAGGUAAAAAAGGUGGCUUCACGGCUCAGACUGCGGCAGCGGGGUAGUUGAAGCUGAGUCGACAUGGAAGACACUCAUUCCUGUGUAGUAGACGAGCAGGAUAGCGUAGAAACGACGCACUUGCUGUAUGUGUGAUCGCGGCGGGAAUAAAAAAGGAGCUGGCUCCAGACGAGGUAGGGCUACCCCUGGGCCAUUGUGCCUUUUUAGUGGCAGAAUCGACGUAACCUCUUCCUUACAAUAAUAGCGUUUCGGGCUGGG